UUGAAAUUCCAACUCUGCAAAGAAGUGGUGAAAAGGUGGACUAAUCUCCGAGAUUGUUUCGCAAAAUCGAAAAAAGAUGACAAAUCUGCUAAAAAAAGUAGAUCUGGGCUUAAAAAACGUAAGAAAUAUGUGUUUUCAGACCAACUUCAAUUUUUGAAUAAGAUCUACACCAAAAAAGAAACGGUAGACAGCUUCAACCCAGAAAUUGUACCAGGAACACUCGAAGAAGAUGAAGAGCCUGAAGGCACCACUGGUGAACCUGAAGUUUCUACCAACGCAAACCUGCCAUCCAAGCCCGUAGGAACAAGGAAACGAAAGAAACUAGAUGAGGUUGAGGUGAAAAUGCACAAAGCUCUGGAACAUAAAACGCCAUGCAGUAAAAUGUCCUUCCUUCAGAGUUUAAUGCCUCAUUUGACAAACUAUUCCAACAGUGAAUUCCUUCAAUUUCAAGUGGGAGUGUUAAACGUAAUAGAAAACAUAAACAAACUAAAGGAAACUCCUCAUCUUCAAUCAAACAAUCCCUCAAUCAAAUUCACAAUCCGAACUGGAUAA